AUGGCUCCCAUACGUUAUAGCUUGCAUUAUGAAGAUUAUUCAGAGCACUUAAUGUCCCGAUUUGGAAAACUUUUGCAAAUGCAGUCACUGGUGGAUAUGACACUAAUGUGUAGUUCCCACACUUUGCGUGUUCAUAAAGCGGUACUUGCUGCUAGCAGCGCUUAUUUCCAAGAAGUUUUACAAAAACAAACCGGGGAACCAUUGAUUAUAUUAAAAAUGAGGUUUAGCGUGUUAAAAUGUCUGGUGGAGUUCAUGUAUUGCGGCAAGACACAGUGUUUGGAGGAGAACUUGGAUGAGCUGGUGUCCGCUGCACAGUUCCUUAAAAUAAAGGGACUGUCAAAAGUAACGAAAGAAGGACUAGGAAUCACCAAUCAAACUAAGCUACCAUUGUUCACCCCACCAGUGGUGAUCAACCGUCCUCCCCAGUCAUUGAUCGACCUACAUUCGCAGGACAAUGCAGAAAACAAAAUACAGUUUCCUCAAGUGCCAUCGUCGAGCAAUAUUAACACUCAAAGUGUGGACAAUCUUAACCGUACAAAUAAGGAUAUGGUGAUGUGUAUACCAUUUGAUAUCGAAAAUGCUGCAAACACCUGCGCUGAUUAUUCAGAUGCCUCUCGUACUAUCAGGCCGCGCCGUGGAAGGCCUAGCUUUAAGCGGCCAUCCGGAUGGGAAGGUGGCGGUGUUCUAGGUCGAGCUGCUGAAAGAGCUCUAAUGCGUCGAGAACAGGACUCCCGUAAAGCCAUACACCAUCUCAAGCAUUUACAGACAAAACAUAUACAGGACUACAUGGACAGGGUAACACUAUCACAAGCCGUUAACAGCAUAUGCAACAAUGAUACCACUUCUCCCAGUUACCUCAACAUGGAUAAUGACAUUAUAUACAUGGAUCAAUCGGUCGCUUCUAACCAACUCGACUCUUCGGAUCCAUUUGCCAAAGAUUCACUUGGAAACGAAGCGUUAACGUCUAACUUUCCUAAUGCAACUAGUACAGGCAAUGGUAACGCUCCAAACGUUGGAAUAAACAAUGCUAUGUCCCAAUAUGUUAAUGCAUUAAAGAACGCUGGCUUACCUACAGAUUUGCCAAUUUUAUUUGAAUCUGGAGAUGGAUCCUAUAUAAAUGUUAAUGAACAAGUUCUUCUAGACAUGGUCCAGAGCAGCGAAAUACAAUACGAAGUAAUUGAACAACCUAAUAUUAUUGAAAAAGUAGCAGAUCCGAGUGAAAUAAAAAGUAUUGAUGAAUUAUCAAAAUCUAUUGAGCGUGGAGAAAUGCUUCUAGGCUCGAAGAGUUUCUCUACUAACGACUUCGAUAAAAGUAGUAGCAUACAUGAAGAUACAAUAAAUAGUUUAAACGAGAUUUUGCCAGAUAAUUUAGAAGAUUAUCAUCUUCAAUCUGGCCCCACAACGUUGGAUCGUGAUAAUAAUAAUGAUUUUUCAUGUAUUGACAGUGAUAUGCAAUUUUUCACGAAAUCAAUGAGUGAAGAUGUAAAAAAAUACUACGAUGACCAACAGUUGAAUGAUGCUAGAGUACUUGAUCAGUUUUGUCCAGCGAGUACUUCUUUCGACACUAGUUUUAGUAUGUCCUUACUUGAUACUAAAACACAACUAGGGGACAACACGACGCAGCAGUAUAGUUCUAUCAAUACCGAUGAUCUAAAAAGAAAUGAUGCCUGUUAUGAUUUUAGUUUACAAUUACCUCAUACCAAUGAUUUUAAGGAAGACGCACUAGAUUGCUUACUCUCUACUCCAAAACGUAAUGAAAAUCAAGAAAGCUAUAUUAACACCGAUACAGACAACAGGCUUCAGGAACAGGAUGAAAUCAUGAAAGAUCUUAUGAAUAUAGAGAAUAGAAUAAAUAUGGGAAAUUGUAAUAAAAAUACUAAUGAAGAACCUACAUGCGAUAAUAUUAAUACUACAUUAGAUUCUGAAUUAGCAAAUAUAAGUAAAGAUACUAGUUCAGUUGGGAACUCUGUUGAUGCUUCACAUAAUUUAGAAUGGGACUUUUCUAAAAUCAAUGACAUAAAUAAAACUGAUGAUAAUAUCAAUAGCAUAAGUUUGAUUGAGCAACAACCUAAUACGAAUAAAUCAGAAGUAGUAGAUUUAAGCAACUCUGAAAAUAUUGAUGAUAAAUGGAAUUCAAUGAAUGAUGAACACGUGAUUGACAAAGAAAAUAAAAUGUAUAACUAUCAAGAUACUGAUUCACGUAAUUCAACCUUGGAUGAAAAUAUACCUUUUGCCGUUGGAUUGCUCCCUUUGAAGCAAGUACAAACAACUGAAGAGACGUUAUUAAAAAGAAAAAAUAACGUAAAUGAUGUAGAUUUUUCAGAUAAUGUAGAUGCGAAAUGUUUAAAACGUAAAAUAAAGUGUAAAAAGAUAUAACUAUGAAUUAUGUGCGUAAUAAAAAUAUGCGAAAAACU